GAAAAUUCCAUCGUAUGGAAUUUUCAAGUCUAAUUCUGUUCAUACUGACAUCUUUCUAACUCUAUAUCCCAUAUGUCUUUUCUUCACUUCUACUUUUAUCAUGUUUAAACCUAAGACGGCGUUGGAAUGGUCGUUACUGGCCGUGACCUCAGUGCAGGCACUGGUCGUUACGGUCUGCAACAUCAUUAUUCUUAUUUCAUAUCUCCACUGGGUGAAUCCGGUGGUCUAUCAAGUACCUCUGUCAUACAACAUACCCAUGUGCCUCACCACAUCGGCACUGGGUUGUAUAUUCCAAGUCUUCCUCACCCUUGAUUCAUUCCGGAUCAAGAACACAGUGCAGCUCGUCGCCCUAUGCAUCGCCAACGUCUUCCUCACCAUAGCAAUUGGCCUGCAGUACCAUACGUCCAAAGCCUCUGUCGGACGCAUCCUGAUCAACACUGACAUGUACGGCUUCCCGUUCGCACAAGCUGAGAUACCCUUUUGGGCGAACUCGGCGCCGACGUUGAUCGUGUGCAUCGUGGUAGCAUGCGUCUGCACUUCGGCGAUGGUUGGCCUGGCGUAUGGCUUGCACAUUGAGUUCGCAUGGGCUUUGUACAAGAAUGUCAGUCCGGAUAUGAAGAUGAGGAAUCGAUAUCUAGUGUAUCAAAUCUACCUCGUGCUGUUACGGUUCACAUUUCUCUUCGCAGUGCUCCUGAUCCUCCUCUUCGACCUCGUCGAAGUGCACUACAGAGAACCCGAAUUCUCCCUCACCAUGGGCGUCAUCCCGCUAACCCUCCUCCACGCCAUCGCAUCCGCCUUCUGCGUCCAGCGCGAGACGAAACUCGGCAUGGCCGUCAUCAUCACCCUCCAACUCGCCCUCCUCGCCUUCCUCUCCCGCUGCCUCAAACAGCUCCUCAAAAUAGGCUUCGUCCAAUCCGUCACCAUGCAGAACGAGACCGUGCUGUUCGCGCUCGUCGCGCUGUUCUUCGCGGCCGCGACCCUCGUCGUUGCCGUGCUGUGCGUGUGCAACUUCGGCAAGGGGCUGCGGCCGAUCCUGCGCGCGGGCGUGGACGUCAGGAGGGAGAAUGGGAAUGCCUGGUACAAGGCUGCGAUGACGAAGGAUGAGGAGGAGGAGGAGAGGGAGAGGGGCGCGAAGAGGGAUGGGAGGUAUUAUAGUUUGACGUCGAGUUGUGGGGGGAGGAGUAUGGGGUGUCGGUUUGAGUUGGACUGAGGGAUCCUGGACGCUGUGCGUUGUUAUGUUUGUUUGAUUUGGGUGUUUGGGAUAGGAGGUUAUGGAGUCAAUGUGGGGUGGAUGUCAUGAUAUAGAUAUACCUACUUAAUUGAUAAU